AGGCGGCGGGCGAGGCCUCCUCCCCGGGCAGGGCAAGGCAAGGCAAGAGGGAGCGCGGAAGAAGGAGGAGGAGGAUCCCCCCUCCCGGGAAGGAAGCAGCAGCUGCAACAGCGGCAGCAACGCCGGGGUGCAAGGUGGCAGGAAAACCAGAACAGACGUGCCGGCAGAGGGGCCAUCACACUGCCAUCGUGGGCAGCUCUUCCAUUUCUAUCUAAUUUUUUUUUUUAAGUUUGGAACUUUUUUUGGUCAGUUUAGUCCCACGCUAAACAAAAAAAAAAUCUGUAGCCCUCCUGUCACCACCCUGCGCCUCCCCAACAUGCCGUCCAGUGGCCCCAUCGACACCAGCGGCCCCACUGUAGACCAAGAGACAGCCGACUCUCACAAGCUGGGUGAAGAGGAAUCUGAUGAGAAUCGUAACAAGGAAGAGAAGCCAGAUCCCGGGAUACCCAUGAGGAAAGUGGGGCGACCCGGUAGGAAACGCAAACAGCCAGUGGUAGAGAGCAACGAAGCCCCCAAAGACACAGCCUCAGCACCGAAGUGCCCCCCGCCUGCCCAUGACACCAGCCCCAUGGAGCAAGUGCCCAAUGGAGAUGCGGAGAUGGGCAGCCCAGAGAACAGCAGUACCACCGACACAAAGAGCAGGCAGCGUGGUGAGAAUGAAUCCAGCAGCCUUCCAGAUGGGGAGACGGGCCGGGCCCUGGAAAAUGGACGCUGCACCCCCAAGGACAGCCCUGACCCACCUGCCAGUGAAGGCAAAGAAGAGAAGGAGGAGAACCACUACAAUUCUAUGAAAAUGGAGGGAUCCCGAGGCCGCCUCCGUGGAGGGCUGGGUUGUGAGUCAAGCCUGCGCCCCAGGCCAAUGCAGCGUCUGACCUUCCAGGCUGGGGACCCGUACUACAUCAGCAAGAGGAAGCGGGACGAGUGGUUGGCCAGGUGGAAGAGGGAGAGUGAUAACCCACCGGCAGCUCAGCUUGACAAGGCUGAGAAAAAAGCCAAGGUCAUUGCUGGGAUGAAUGCAGUGGAGGAGACACCACGGACUGAGCCCCAGAAGGAAGAAGAGGCUAGCCCACCUGCCUUGCAGCAGCCCACUGACCCUGCCUCUCCCAAUGUGGCGACUACACCAGAACCUGUGGGCCCUGAUGCUGUGGACAAGGGCAUAUCCAAGUCGGCCGACGAUGAGCCAGAAUAUGAGGAUGGCCGGGGAUUUGGGAUCGGGGAGCUGGUCUGGGGAAAAUUGCGUGGAUUCUCCUGGUGGCCAGGCCGCAUUGUUUCCUGGUGGAUGACUGGCAGGAGCCGGGCUGCUGAGGGCACCCGCUGGGUCAUGUGGUUCGGCGAUGGGAAGUUCUCUGUGGUCUGUGUGGAGAAGCUGCUGCCACUCAGUUCCUUCGCCAAUGCAUUCCACCAAGCUACGUACAACAAGCAGCCCAUGUAUCGGAAGGCCAUUUACGAGGUGCUGCAGGUGGCCAGCAGCAGAGCAGGCAAGAUCUUCCCCUCCUGCCCAGAGAAUGAUGAAACAGAUACAUCCAAAGUAGUGGAGAUGCAGAACAAGCAGAUGAUUGAAUGGGCCUUGGGGGGGUUCCAGCCUUCUGGCCCCAAGGGUCUGGAGCCACCUGAAGAGGAACGCAACCCCUACAAAGAAGUUUACACGGAGAUGUGGGUGGAGCCAGAAGCUGCUGCCUAUGCCCCUCCUCCGCCAGCCAAAAAACCAAGGAAAAGCACAGAGAAGCCUAAGGUCAAGGAGAUCAUAGAUGAGCGCACCAGAGAGCGUCUUGUUUAUGAGGUUCGACAGAAAUGCAGGAAUAUCGAAGAUAUCUGCAUUUCCUGUGGAAGCCUCAAUGUCACCCUGGAACACCCUCUCUUUAUUGGAGGAAUGUGCCAAAACUGCAAGAACUGCUUUCUGGAAUGCGCCUACCAGUACGACGAUGAUGGCUACCAGUCGUACUGCACCAUUUGCUGUGGAGGCCGGGAAGUCCUCAUGUGUGGAAACAACAAUUGUUGCAGGUGCUUUUGUGUAGAGUGUGUGGAUCUGCUGGUGGGCCCUGGUGCAGCUCAGGCAGCAAUCAAGGAGGAUCCCUGGAACUGCUACAUGUGCGGCCACAAGGGUGUCUACGGCCUGCUCCGACGGCGGGAAGACUGGCCAUCGCGCCUCCAGAUGUUUUUCGCCAACAACCAUGACCAAGAAUUUGACCCACCAAAGGUUUACCCUCCAGUUCCUGCUGAAAAGAGGAAGCCCAUCCGGGUGCUCUCGCUUUUUGAUGGCAUUGCUACAGGCCUACUGGUGCUGAAGGACUUGGGCAUCCAGGUGGACCGGUACAUUGCUUCUGAGGUGUGUGAAGACUCCAUCACAGUUGGGAUGGUCCGACACCAGGGCAAGAUCAUGUAUGUUGGGGACGUCCGCAAUGUCACCCAGAAACACAUACAGGAAUGGGGCCCCUUCGACCUGGUGAUUGGAGGGAGCCCCUGCAAUGAUCUCUCCAUUGUCAAUCCUGCCAGGAAGGGCCUUUAUGAGGGGACAGGGCGGCUCUUCUUUGAGUUCUAUCGUCUUCUGCACGAGGCCCGGCCCAAGGAGGGAGAUGACCGGCCCUUCUUUUGGCUCUUUGAGAACGUGGUGGCCAUGGGCGUCAGUGACAAAAGAGACAUCUCUCGCUUCCUAGAGUCCAACCCAGUGAUGAUCGAUGCCAAAGAGGUCUCUGCAGCUCACAGAGCCCGGUACUUCUGGGGAAACCUGCCUGGCAUGAACAGGCCACUGGCUUCAACUGUGAAUGAUAAGUUGGAACUGCAGGAGUGUCUGGAACAUGGCAGGACAGCGAAGUUCAGCAAAGUCCGAACCAUCACCACUCGCUCCAAUUCCAUCAAGCAAGGCAAGGAUCAGCACUUCCCCGUCUUCAUGAAUGAGAAAGAAGAUAUCCUGUGGUGCACUGAGAUGGAAAGGGUCUUUGGCUUUCCGGUCCACUACACAGAUGUGUCCAACAUGAGCCGCCUGGCUCGGCAGAGACUUCUGGGUCGCUCCUGGAGUGUGCCGGUGAUACGCCACCUCUUCGCCCCGUUGAAGGAGUACUUUGCCUGCGUUUAAAGAGACGCACCCACGGAACUGGCAAAGCGGAGGGAGGAGUCUCAAACACAACCAUCCCCAGGAACAGAAGUGGCACCAGAACAGAGGAGGUGGCUGGUGGGUUGAGAGGGAGGGAAAGGACGGCCCCCACACGUGUGCGGCUCCUGCAGCCCGCGUCUUUGCCCAUCCUCUCCUGAAUUUGAACCACCCUAAAUCAAGCCAACCAGUCCCACUUUCUGUUGGUAACCCUUUAAUUUUCCUGCUCUUUCUGGAUGGGUUUGUCUGUUAGUUUGGUUUCUGCCUCUCCUUGGCUGAGCCCCAGCGGUGGCGGGGUUGUCACCGGCACUGUUGAAACAGUGGUAACGCCAGCCAAGCCCAAAGCUGAGCGGGCCUGGGGGGGGGUGACAUCACCCCUGCUCGGUUUAGGAGCACAAAGCAGGGUGCAACGGGGCCUCCUUGCGUCUACCAGCACCGUUCCUGGGGGGAGCGCAAGCAGGGAAGCCGCAAACCCCGCCAGCCCCUUCUUGGCCCCCCCCUCCCAGCCACACACUUUUCUACAGUAUUUUGGGUGCCUACGACACAGGAGACCUUGAUUAGCCCAGCCCCUACAGCCGCUCUUACCUCUUGUUUACAGUUUAUAUAUAUGUGAGAGUUAUGUGAGAGAGAUGUCUAUAUAUAAAAGGUACUGUUACUACUGUACAACUGACUUUCAUAAUGGUGCUUCUACAACAGCUGGGGGUGGGGCUGAUGGCAGCUUCUGUGGUGCUUUAUGUGCCAGCCUGCAGGAGGAGCGGGGGCUUUUCGAAGCCAUUACACCCCUCUUCCCAGGGAGGGAGGGCGGGCAGCAGAGCUAGGCACCACUCUCCGCCCCAGGGUGUCAUGCAAUAAUGCUUUUUGUCUCCUAAAAAGCAACCCUCCCUCAGGCCAGGGGCAAUAGGCCCUGCGCAAAGGGGCCAGCCAGCCCCCCUGCGGAAUUCCAAACAGCAGCCCUAACAUGCUGGUGCUUUCCUGUGACAGGUGCCCUCCUGCAUGUCCUCUCUGGGCUCCCCCCUCCAGCACCUGCCCAGUGUGCAAACAGGGGGGGCGGGGCUACUCCGAGGCCCCGCACUAGUUUUGGUCAUCUCUGAACUCACAGGCUGCAGUGUCGUUCAUAAAAGUCUUGGAUUCGGCCCCUUUUCUCCAUUUUUGCCCCUCGAAUUACAAACUUCCCCACUUUUGGGGGUGGGGAGGUCAGUAGGGAGAAGAGGCCCCGCCCACCUACCCUGCAGUAGCACCCCUAUCCCGUUCCUCCGAUAUCUCACAUGGUGUUUGGGGGUCAGCACCUGCUGUCUCCCUCUCUAUCCCCCUCCUUCCCCCUGUUUGUGACUGAUGUGAAUUCCACACUUCCUGUUUUGCUUGAUCAGGCUUUGGCUGUGCUACCCUCUCACCCCAGGGGUUGGAAAGGGUAACGAAUUUGAGGGGGGGGGGGAGAGCUCUCAUAUGAGGAGUGUCUCCCUAGGUCCUUCUUGGUUUCCCUGCGUGAGGCCCAUCUGAGGAGACUGUGUUUCCCUGGUUUAUAUGCCUAGGCAAUUGUGUGCACUUUACUCCUUCGGGUAACAGGGGAAGUGACCUCACCCAUGAUUUUGUGAGGUGUAAAGAAUGCCCAUUGGGCUCUGAUCACUCCUAAAUUGGGGAUGCUUCUCCCCUUCUGCCUGUAGGGACAGCUCCCAACAGGGUCCCAAGCCCUUGGUGCUAAUGGGGAGAGGGGGUAGGGGAUCCCUAGAAUCCAGCCGCCUGCCUCAGCAACUUCCCUCAUCUCUGCCUCCAAAGGGGACAGCAUCUCCCCUCUGCUCCCGUCUUCCCUGCGUCCAAUGGUGCUCUCAGAGGCAGCGGGGCAGAUGCUGAGGCAAAGCUCGGGAUCAGUCAGUGGCGUUGGGUGAAGACUGCAGGCCUUCUCCACUCCCCGCCCCGCCUCCCUGCCGAUGCUUCCCCCUCAGCACAACUCAUCAGGUGGGUGCGAAGUGGCUGCAGCCCCUUGAGAAGGUCUCAGUGGACAGCUGCUGGUAUUGGUGCUAAUAUUUCAGGGAGUUGGGAUGGUUGGAUGAGAGCCUCCUCGUACUCCUCCUCUUAACUGUGAAAGGGGCUGGGGUCUCAACUCAGGGCCAGGCGGGAAAAGGAGAGUGGUGAAGUAUUCUGGAUGGGGCUGUCUAGUGAGACAUGUCUGCCCCCUCAUGCCUGCAGGGUCAGUCUCCCUCUGGCCACCUUGGUGGGUCAGUCGCUGACACCCGUUUGUACAAAAGCCUUGGUGGAGCUUGGCCUCCCUGAUGCUGUGCAGGAUUCCCCACCCACUCACUUGCCACAAGGGGAAGAGAGAAUGGGAUGUCCCUCCUAGUCUCCCUGGUGCUAAAUGGG